ACAUUUUUAUUUGUUAAAAUUAAAUCCAGACCUUCUUUAUAAUUGUGCACAACUGAGAAUGUAGCUUUAAAAAGUUAAGAGGUGUAAAGUUUUGUACCGUCCAAUUGUCCAUUUGUUGGCUGCAUGUUUUCUGGCACAUUAUCCGCUUGUCGUGCUCCCCGUUCACGUUUGCUCACUUUCCAAAACAAGGUCCGAGAACUUUCUCCUCCCCCCAAGCAACCCACGCCUAAACCAAAAGAGGACAUAGCACAAAAAUGGAAGCAGAGAUUUAACAAUCCUAAAUUUAAGGCCAUGGUUGCCAUGCAGAAGAUGUAUAAGAACAAGGCCGACGCCCAGACGGCACAACAAGAAGCUGACGCCGAUUAUGAGAAAGAGAAUGAGGCUGCCAUAAUGAUACAGAAGAGUUUCCGUGGACACAAGGUUCGCAAAGAGCUGGAAAAGAACAUCAAUGACGACCUGGAAGAAGACAUAGCUCUAGAAUACUGAGUCAGCGUGCAUAUGGAGUCGUGAUGCAGAACCC